AGGCGGUGCACGGCCACCCGUUGAUGAAGGCUCAGGCACUGGGUGGAUUUGAGACCAGUAUGCUGCAUAUAUGGAAUAUCACAUUAACCAAUGCAACUUGAGCUAUGGUUGAGGAUAGUCACAGCAAACCAAUAUUAAAUAAACGUUGCUUUCCAAUUCGUUUUUUGGAGUCGCUUUCUAUACUGAUCGCACAUGGCCGGUCAUCGUUUUGGUACUAACCCCACCCCACUCUGACCUGGGGUUCGGGGAUCGUCAUAACCGUGCCAAUACCGCCAUCAUGAACCAUUCUCUUCUCAACAACCUUACACUUUACGCCGUUCAUAAUGGCUCUUUCAAGCGAUGAGGUUGUCACGAUUGACAACUUUGAGUCCAAACUGGCAAAGUUUAGCGCUGAUGGCUGUGGUCUCUUUGGCCUCGUAGACAUGGGAAGCAAUGGCAUUCGAUUCUCCAUAUCAGACCUCACACCGCCAAACUCGCGACAUUUGCCUUGCAUAUACGGCGAGCGCGCCGGUAUCUCCCUGUACGAUGCGCUCCACGAGUCCAAACCCGGCUCUGUGCCGUUCGUGUUUUCACCAGAGAUUAUCGACAAGGUCUCUAAGACUCUAGCAAGAUUCUCCUACAUUUGCACACAAUACAAAGUCCCAGAGAACCAGAUCAGCGUUUUUGCGACGGAAGCCAUGCGCACUGCAAAUAAUCAGGAUGAGAUGGUCGGCGCAAUUCAUGCAGCGAGCGGGUUGGGUGUGCAGAUACUUAGCCCAGCUAUGGAGAGCAUGUUUGGCGCUAUGGGAGCACGCUCGGCGUUCGAACACGUAGACGGUCUGUUUAUGGACCUUGGUGGAGGGAGUGUACAAAUGACAUACCUGGACUCGAAGAGCAACGGAUACGAGACACUAGCUGCGCAGAACGCGAAGAGUAUGCCCUAUGGCGCUGCAAAAUUAACGGAUACUUUGCGAGUGGAAGAGGAGGGAACAACGCAGAAGCAGCUGAGAACUCAGAUGAGGGACACUUUUGAGGGAAUGAAGAAACAGUUCGCAGGACUUAGAGAGCAGGCUGAAAGCGAAGAGGGAAUUUCGAUAUACUUUUGCGGCGGGGGCUUCAGAGGUUAUGGAAGCAUGCUUCGCCACACUCAUGAAAUUCAGCCAUAUCCGAUUCCAGGAAUUGGUGGCUUUUCGGUUUCCGGCGCCAGCUUCGAAAACUGGGAGGCAAUGCUCAAGGAGAACGAUAAAGAUGGCAAGAUCUUUGGAAUGUCCAAGCGCAGGCGGGAGCAAUUCCCUGCCAUUGCAAUGGUUGUCGGGGCUCUUGUUGAAGCAGUACCAAAGAUAAAGCAGGUCACGUUUUGCAGCGGUGGAAACAGAGAUGGCGUGCUGUAUAUGAAGCUACCGCCCCCUCUCCGGCAGCAGGACCCUCUCCCUCUGUUGCUUGGUAGCUCAGAAUCUGUUACAGAUGCCUCUGUAAGCGCCGCUGUGCAGCUGGUGAGGAGCGCCCUCCCCAAGGACUCCCCGAGCAUAUUUACAUCAGGACUUCUCGAUUACGUUGUUCGGAACACCUGGACUCAUCUGGGCAAUUCCGAUGACCAGAAUGCUACGAGGUCAUUGCAUACUACAAUAUCAGGAGCUAUCGCUAGUCUUCCGGGGCUGACGCAUGAGGUCCAAGCUAUUAUCGCGGUAACUUUGUGUACUAGAUGGGGCAACGAUCUUGGCCGAGCGGAUAAAACCGUCCUUGAAAACCUUAGACUCCUGGUCGGCAAGAACAACAGCUUUUUCUGUGAUUACGUGGGUGCUAUUUUGAGGUUCCUGGUUGCUGUGUCUCCAGCGUAUCCAACUGAUCCCCUGACACUCAAAGAAUUGCUUAAAUUUAACCCUACCCAUUCUACCACUCUCGGAAACAAAGGUAAGAAAUCGGGCAUCAAGCUUCAGAUAACACCGAAUCCGCUGGGCCGUCUAUGGAUAGAAACUGGGAAACUGCUUGAUCUCUUCGAUGGUUUAGGGAAAGGGCUGAGUAAUGGACUUCGUGUGGAAGCAGAACUUACUGAUUGAAUGCCCAAGUAAUGGUGGAAGCCAUAUGAUCACUUACACGUGUCCAGGUAAUAUUAACGGCAUUUUUGGUUGACUGCAAAGAUGUACUGGAAUAUCUAGGCUUCGUAUGCCAUUCUACAUUUAAAUUCGAUGGGGAGCAGAAAUGGCGGCCAAACAUGGGUUGGGCCAUGUCACUGCGAAUAAUACCAGAUACAUAUCCCAUACAAAUCAUGUCUUUCGUGAGAAGUUGAGAUAUAAAUUAGUGCAAUUAUAUUCAGCCAAGACUAGACAUGACCAACUAGUGUUGCAAGUGCAAUUCACCGAGCUACAGAUUGUUGAACAUUCGUCCCAUUUGUGCCUGGUCGAAUUGAGAACUGAUAGGCCCUGUCACAACAUAUCGGCUGGCCUAUCCAAGAGCUGCUCUCUAAUAGAGGUAAUGAAGCAAGCCAGCAAGUGCGCCUCUCUCUUUUGCAAUUUGCCGUGGGAACUUUCUCUUGCUCCCUCCAUUACAGUACUUGGCCAAUGCCUUCUGACUGGGGAACCUAGUCGCGGGAAAACCCGUCUUAAUCUGAUGGAGAAACUGGUAGAUAUUGACAUAAAUCUUCUUCGUUUCCUAUUAUGCAUUAGAAAACAACCAAAAUAGGGUGCGAACAAAGUGCCAGGAGCU